AUGCCCUCCUUCAGGUCAUUACUUUUCGCUCUUUUACUUUUCCUCGCGCGUCCUGGUCUGGCUGCGCAUGUCCAGGUCCGGGAUUGCGUCUCGUCCUCUGGAGAGGCUCUCUCGUCGCAUCCCCAGUUCACUCCCCAUAGCCUCUCGGCGUCCCUCGACGAACGACACAACGAGACACGACUCCGACUGAUCAUCUCGGGCGAAUAUACGGGCCUAAGAUCGUGCGAACAAUUCCGCCAGCAGAAUGUCUCGAUAGACCUGAGCUUGGCUGCUCUCGGUGGAACGAGCCGAUACCAUGGCGAGAUUCUAAACUCGACUUGCCAAUCAAGACUAUUUGGCGCCCAGAAAAUUGAAAAGCGAACACAAUACUUCGAUGUCCUUUUCCGAAUCGAUCAUCCAGCACCUCUGGCGGCUUUCGAGCUGGAGGUGGAUAUCAGGGGAUCCGAUGACCUCCCAGUUGGAUGCCUGAAUGGCUUCCUGACACCAGAUAUUGGUCCAACUAUGCAAGGCAUUUCUUUCUGGGGUCCGGUUAUUACCUUUGUAUUGGUGAUUCUUGCUGCUGGCUGGCGAGAGUGGUCAAAUCUGGUGCAACCCCUACAAGACGAAGAAGAGUGUUCCGUUCAAAGGGCAUCGAACAGGUCGCACCUCACCAGGAUCGCCGAUUGCCUCUCAUAUAUCCAGUUCAUCUUCUUUGCCGGAGCCCUCAGCCUCAAUUAUCCCGGGUUUCUGCAACCCAUUGUCAGCGCUGCCAGUUGGUCAACUCUAAUGCUCCAACGAGGCAUCGUGAUCAGGCAUUCCCUCUACUAUGGCAUCCAUGAUGGCAUCCAUGAGAUCAAUGGCACAUUUGGUGGAACUUCGGGCCUCGAGCACAUGAUACAGGUUAUGGGUGCCCCUGUCACCAUGGGCACCUGGAGCAACAUCGCCACUCUAGCCGUCGUCAUUCUCAUCUGCCUCUUCAUUCUCAUCCACAUUGGCCAGAGCUUGAGAUGGACACGAGAUUGGUUUCGACAGGCUGGGCAAUGGAGUAUGGAGGGCUCUGCUCAAGACAGUCACAAGGCAACCAUCUGGGUUGCAUUGCGUGUCUUUCUGAGCUACCUCUUGCUUCCUCUUACGGCCUGGGCAACCUACCAGAUUGACAUGGCUCGCUUCUUGCCAUCUUAUUACACUGUCUUGACAGUCGUGGCGAUCUGCCUAUUGAUUAUAGGAUGUUGGUGGGGACUGGCUUCACGGAGCCCCCAGAAUAUGGGAUAUCUGCUCAUCGACGAACUCCAUAGGCAGGAAGCCGAUGAAGUGCCAUCGCGCACCCAAGACUAUUAUACGUUGGCUACUUUUGGCUUUCUCGUGCUCCGCGGGUCUAUAAUUGGAGGGUUGCAACACUUUGGAACGGAGCAGCUGUUUACCCUUAUGGCUUGUGAAGUUGGCCAGCUUGGUCUUGCUACCUGGGCUUGGUCGGUGUCUGGCUUGCUCUCCAGAGCUACUGUGGCGACAUGCGCUCGGCUGUGCGUCUUGCUUCUUUGCGUGGGCAUGGUUCCUGACCUUGCGAGCCACAAGGCCUCCAGUGCUCUCGGAUACAUCAUAUUGAUGUUCCAUGCUCUCUUCAUGAUUGGCAUGUUUCUCGUUCCCUCGGCCUACGACCUCGUCCAAUUUGCCAUAGCUGCGGCCAACAAAAAUGCGAGCCCUGAGCAGCCGGACAGGGACGAGGAUCAGGAACGCCCCCAAGUGUUUGGCCUUCGACAACUUUCAAGGCGCCCUACGACUAUCACCAAUCUGUCCGUACGGGGCCUAGUAGUCGAUCACGAGAGGAAUAGCUCACUAAGCUCGAAAGCGCCGUCAGUCUGCUCGCCUCGCGCUUCGUCCUUCGGCUCAGAGCCAGUAUCACCAGAGGUGCUACGUACAUACUUCCGAUCCCCAAGGCCCGAGAGGUCGUCAUCGAGCCUCUACGAGAGGAAUCAUCAAUUCAAGCCUCUAGGAAGAUUAACCCCUGAGAGCAUCGCCGAGAGCACAAGUGAGAGUUCUAGCUCGGGCAGCUCAGGGGGUGGAGAGAGACUGGAACCUGGAGAGGUGUCACAAGCGUGGCAGAUGGCUUCUCCAUCAAAUCCAAACGUUGACUACUCGUUCAGAGAGGCUGAUCUUUACUAUGUCAAGCCGCGACGAGUGUCAUUCCGCCAAGCAAGUCCUACCAGUUCUGAUGACUCUGGUAGGCCGGCGAGUUUCGUGAGCAAGAUCAGAUUCUGGUCACGGUAAAAGUUUAUAGACGGCAUUUGCAUUUAGAUACCAUACAAGCGAUUUAAUUUUGACACCGAU